GGCCUGUUUUACAGAGCUUUAAGAGUCAGGACUGGGACGGAGCUGUGAGACGCUGGACUGAGACAGACCGGAGUCAUGGCCUCCGGCAAGAACAAGAACCAGACGUCUCUGGCUCUCCAUAAGGUGAUCAUGGUGGGCAGCGGCGGCGUGGGGAAGUCCGCGCUCACGCUGCAGUUCAUGUACGACGAGUUCGUGGAGGACUACGAGCCCACCAAGGCCGACAGCUACAGGAAGAAGGUGGUGCUGGACGGCGAGGACGUUCAGAUCGACAUCCUGGACACGGCGGGGCAGGAGGACUACGCCGCCAUCAGAGACAACUACUUCCGCAGCGGAGAGGGCUUCCUGUUGGUGUUCUCCAUCACCGAGCACGAGUCCUUCACCGCCACGUCCGAGUUCAGGGAGCAGAUCCUGCGGGUGAAGGAGGAGGAGGCCAUCCCUCUGCUGCUGGUCGGGAACAAGUCGGACCUGGAGGAGCGGCGGCAGGUCUCUGCUGACGAGGCCACGGCGAAGGCCAGCGAGUGGGGGGUGCAGUACGUGGAGACCUCGGCCAAGACGAGAGCCAACGUCGACAAGGUGUUCUUUGACCUCAUGCGGGAGGUCCGUAAGAAGAAGAUGGCGGAGAGCAAAGACAAAAACGGGCCGAGUGGAAAGAAGAAGAAGAAGCACUGCUGCGUCCUCUAACGGGUGUCUUCAGGGGACAAAGUGCCAAAAACAACAGAUGGACUGAAAGAGGCGGACGAAGCGCCGCUCAGACGCUCCUGGUUCAGUUUCAAAGCUCCACAGUCUCUCCGGAGGAGUCCACCCUCCGUUCAUCGUUAUUCGUUUAUCGUUAUUCGUUUAUCGUUGUUCGUUUAUUGUUAUUCGUUGUUCGUCGUUCGCUCGUGUUUAAAGCUGUCGGCACUUUCACGCCUCUGUUUCCUUUUUGUGUUCAGCGCAGUCCAGCGGCCAAAAGUAUGUGGACACUUAACACAGAAGUCUGAUCCAGAAUGUCCAGUUUAGUGACAGACACACAAAACUUUAGUGAAUUUAGUCGUGGUGAUCGUGACGAGAAACAGGU